AGGGCCACGGGCUCAAGAUCAAGGAUGUUCUUAACUCGGCUCGUCGCUCUUGCCCUGGCUUCGUAUGCCGCGCAGACCUUCCUGGCCGCGCCGGCGCUGCGCGCCGCCCCACGCGCAGGCAGAGCACAUGGCUCUUCCAGAGAAUCUUCAGGGGCAUUCGCUUUGGCUGUAGCCGUGGCCGGAGCUAGUUGCGGAGCGGCUGCAGCGGGGGCCCGGCGGAAGACGGCGCUGCGCGCUGUCACGGAGGUGGCCACUGUGAAGCUCGCAAAGAUCACUGGGGGCAAAGCCACACCAGCGCCGCCGGUGGGCCCUGCAAUCGGAGCCUUCGGCCUCAACAUCGCCAUGUUCGUGAAGGAGUACAACGCUCUGACUGCUGACAAGGUUGGAGAGACUUGCCCUUGCAUUGUCCAUGUCAUGAGUGACAAGAGCUUCAAGAUUGAGCUGAAGACUCCACUGACAGCAACACUUCUGCACAAGGCAGUGGGAGCGCAAAAGGGAUCCGGCAAAGCAGGCACGGACAUCAUCGGCACCAUCGGCAUCGACAAGUUGGAAGAGAUCGCCCGGACGAAGCUGCCGGACUUGAACUGCGAGGACAUCAGCCGUGCCAUGAAGAUUGUGCACGGAACGGCCGUGGCCUCCGGCAUCAAAGUGGAGGGCUACGAGGAGUGGCUGGAGACGGCGGUCCCAAAGCCGAAGACGAUCAUGGAGAGAUAUGGCCCAGGUGUGUCCAAGUUGCCUGCCCCAUGGGGCGAGGGCCCGCCUUUGGAAGAGGCGUGAGCCGUGGCGCUCACCAACGAAACGUUCCUGCGC